UUCUGUCAAAUUGCUUAGCAACAGACGAAUCAAAACAUUACAGGAACGUAAAUAAACAAUGCAAAUCACACCGUGAAAUACUAAAGUUUAAGGUUGAAGGGGUUUUUUGAAGAGCGAAGAUUGAAGAAGUGCAAUUGGCUGAAAGUAAAUUGUCGAGUUGAAAAAAUUGGUAAAAUCGUACGUUUGUAAGUGAAAUUUUCAUAAAAUGAUUUUACAAGCUAAUUCAUCGGUACUAUAGCAUAGGCAAAAUUUAACACUCGUUUUUGGUUGUGUUUAAUAUUUUAUAUCUACUAGAUUUAGAUUGAGAUAACCUACUCUUAAGAUACUUCUCAACCUAUGUUAACAUACAAUGGACAAAAAGGAGCUCUUAUCUUCGCCUUACAGUAAGAAAGUGCCGGCAAAGCAAGGACGUAGAGCUGCUCCACAGCCUGCCGCAGAGGACGACAUCGGCUCUCCUGAUGACCUUCUAGACAGCCCUCCAAGUUCAAACCCCUCCGCGAACUUCAGUCCAGUGAAAUUUUCUGGAAUGAAAUCCGAUCCAAUGAUUCCUCCCAGAUCUCGGAAAACCGGAGGAUGGGCAGAUGAGCUGUCUGCCAAAUCCAAAGGGUCGAGAAGGAAUUCUACAAAUAUCAUCGAGCAAGAACGUUUCCAGUCACCGGAUAAGAAACAGGAUUCAGAUGAUGAGAUUCCACUGAUCCCUGAUAUGGAUGAGCUGCAAGAAGAGGACAUCCAGAACCAGGUUGCUCGUGCUCCUUCUGUCGUUGGGAACAAGGUUGCUUCCUUCACGGAACUGGACUCUGAUCUGACAAAGAAAUCAGCGUUCUCAACGUUGAACAAUAUCAGUCUGUCGUUACUCACGAGUCGACUCUACGCCGAGGAUGAGAUACAGGAGCCAGACACUGCCUGGACUUGGGAUCUUCUCUUCACGGAAGUUGCUUCCGAACUGAGAACAGAGUGGGAAGGCGGAGUCCCAAAGGAUUUGUCUCCCCAAUAGUGAACUUUCACCACACUCUGCUUAAUUCCACAAUCCGUCCACUUGACUGUGAUUAGAGAUUAAGUUGUGAGUUCUUAUUUUUCUAUUUCAUAACUCACUAAACUCUUGUAAUGUAAGUCCUAAUAAGUAAUAUUAGCAAUAAACUGUUCUUUCCAAGUCUGUA